AUGGCAGCGUUCAUGAUUUUAUUUGCUGAACAAAGAGAGAGACAUGCAAUAAGAAGAGAACGAGUGUUCCGGAACAGGACACAGGUGUUGGACACGAUGCAAGAUAAUGAACUCAUCAUGCGAUAUCGAUUCCCGAGGCAUAUCAUAUUUCAACUUAUCGACAAAGUGACGGAUGAGAUGCAACCAACCACCUACCGGUGUCAUUCCAUCCCAACACAGAUUCAGGUUUUGACAUGUCUGCGAUUUCUAGCCAAAGGUGAUUACUUGUCAGAGAUUGCAGAUAUCCAUGGAAUAUCGAAGUCGUCGAGUUGUUUGGUGGUCCAUAGAGUUGUAAAUGCAAUCUGCAACCAACUUAAAAACAUCAAUUUUCAAACGGGUACAGGAGAGGUCCGGAAAGUGAAAUCAGACUUUCACAAGAUUUCAGGUUUCCCAAACGUAGUUGGGGCAAUCGAUGGAACCCACAUUCCCAUCCAGGGCAUGUCGUCCGAUGAUGAGCAUACAUAUGUAUGCAGGAAAGGCUUCCACUCGAUAAAUGUACAAGGGGUGGUCAACUCCGACUUAAGAUUCACAAACGCUGUGUGCAAAUUCCCAGGGUCAACCCACGAUUCCUUUAUCUUGCAAAGUAGUUGUUUGCCGGACGUUGUGUCAAAUCUGCAGGACGGGGGAUGGCUUCUUGGUGACUCUGGAUACCCACUAAAAGAGUGGUUGAUGACGCCAAUUGGACAUCCUAGAGCAGGCCAGGAAGAGAGAUAUAACCUGGCACAUUGCCGAACACGGAAUGUCGUGGAGAGAGCAUUUGGUGUGCUCAAAGCUCGCUUUAGGUGUCUACACAAGACUGGAGGCAGUCUUCCAUACAACCCCCAGAAGUGUGCCAAAAUGAUCGAAUGUGCCAUACGACUACACAAUUUGGCAAUAGAUAACAGGGUGCCACUGACGGAACCUGUGGAAGCAGACGCUGGGAAUAACCACAUCAUUGCUCCAACAGUCAACAACAUAGCUGCGGCGGCCAUACGAGACAGAUUAGUCCAACGUUUCUAA